AUGUGUAUUCGUAUGAUACCUCCAGAAGACGUAUCUAUUGGUACAAUAUCUGCUACUCAAUCUACUACUCAAGCUUCUCCGAUAACAACUGUACAAUGUACUGCGUCAUCAUGCCAAACAUCAACGACUACACCGGUAAGAGUGACUCCUGUAAUGGUUUCUCCUGUAACCACAGUUACUGAAACUGUUGCACCUGUAACCACAGCUACUGAAACUGCUGCACCUGUAACCACAGCAACUGUCACGAUGGCUCCCACGUUGUGCACAAAAUGUGAUAUAGCUGCGAUCGCACCAGUGAUGGAAGCCAACACAGGUUUUGAGAAUACAAAUACAGUAGGAGACGAUGGGUGCACACAAACCAAUGCAAUAUGCAAAAGAACCGAUGAUCAAGUUUGUACAGUCACUUUAUCUGCAACAAAUGCUGCUGGGACUUCUACUAUUUCCAGUGCCAUGAAUGUGAAUCAAAUCAGCGGAUUGCUCACUUGUCAGGCUGAUGGUACCUACUCCAGUGGCUCAGUCACUGGAAUCACCAAACUCUUAUGCUCUUUCGAUAGAUGUGCAACUGCUUGCGCAACAUGUGACAUAGAAGCUGCUAAACCAUUGAUGGACCCGCCCGGUACAUCUUUUAUGACAGCUGAUAUUACACCUAGUGGACAAACAUGCAAGAAAUUCGCUGUUGGUUGUUAUCACGACACUCAAGCGUGUCCUUCAAUUUCUCUUUUCGCUGAGCUCGAUACCGGAAGAGAAGAGUCUAUAUUAUCUGCGACCGACACGUCAAGUAUGAGCGCCGCAAUUGACUGCGGAACUGAUGGAAAAUUAACAUACAAUGGAUUGUAG